UUUCUCCACCUCUUCUUCACACUUGUGGGGUGGUCUUUGGGAGAUACAUGGCUAUCUGGAGGCAUAGAUUCUGAAAUGCACAUAAGCACAGUGGAAGCUUAAAACCUAGGAUACAUUUACAUUCCUACCCCUCCAGUAAGAACAGAAGUUACCCUGCCUGCGGUGAUUCUUCCCCGUUAUGGAGAAGGGGGAAGGAGAGCAUGUGCUGCAGACGGGGAACGAUGAUGAGGCGGUGGUGGACCUGGGGAAGACGAGCUCCACCAUUCACACCAACUUUGAGAAAGAGGAGCUAGAGAGUCACAGAGCGGUCUAUGUGGGUGUCCAUGUUCCUCUGGGCAGAGAGACCAAACGGAGGCACCACCGCCACCGCGGCCACAGACACCACCGCAAGAGGAGAGACCGCUCGGACCGUGAAGAUGGACGAGAGUCUCCUUCCUAUGACACCCCAUCCCAGCGGGUCCAGUUUAUCCUGGGGACAGAGGAUGAUGAUGAAGAGCACAUGCCCCACGACCUGUUCACUGAGCUGGACGAGCUGUUCUUCCGGGACGGACACGUCUACGAGUGGAGGGAGACAGCCAGGUGGUUGAAGUUUGAGGAAGACGUGGAGGAUGGAGGGGAGCGUUGGAGUAAGCCCUACGUAGCCACGCUGUCUCUACACAGCCUCUUCGAGCUCCGCAGCUGCAUCCUCAACGGCACUGUCAUGUUGGACAUGAGAGCUAACACUAUUGAGGAGAUCGCAGACAUGGUGAUAGACAGCAUGGUGGCGUCAGCUCAGCUGGAGGAGGGGUUGAGGCAGAAGGUGAGGGAGGCCAUGUUGAAGAGACACCACCACCAGAACGAGAAGAAGCUCAGCAACCGCAUCCCUCUGGUGCGCUCCUUCGCUGACAUCGGCAAGAAACAAUCUGACCCACACCUGCUUGAGAGAAACGCGGUUACAUCACACCUUGAGAAGGUUCCUCUACGUCAUCUCAAGGGAGCGGUUCGGUAUGAAAUACACUCCCUUCUGGAUGUGCUUGGUGGUACCACCUCGAGGCUUACUAUAAAAACAGGCCUCCUGGCGUCCCCCCAAUCAGCUCCUGGGAACCUGGAGAACAGUAAACCGAGUGAGAGCCGCAUCAGUGGAGGAAGCAGAGAGAACAGCACUGUGGACUUCAGCAAGGUGGACAUGAACUUCAUGAAGAAGAUCCCUCCGGGCGCGGAGGCUUCCAACGUGCUGGUGGGAGAGGUGGAAUUCCUGGAGCGACCAAUCAUAGCCUUCAUCAGGCUGUCCCCCGCCGUGCUGCUCACUGGUCUCACUGAGGUGCCCGUACCCACCAGGUUCCUGUUCCUGCUGCUGGGUCCGUUUGGGAAGGGUCCUCAGUACCACGAGAUCGGCCGCUCCAUCGCCACGCUGAUGACAGACGAGGUCUUCCAUGAUGUAGCAUACAAGGCCAAAGACCGGAACGAUCUGCUGUCGGGGAUAGAUGAGUUUCUGGACCAGGUGACCGUCCUACCCCCAGGAGAGUGGGACCCUACGAUACGAAUCGAGCCCCCCAAGAGUGUCCCGUCUCAGGACAAGAGGAAGAUGCCCUCAUUGCCCAACGGCUCUGCCCAUAAUGAGUCCUUCAAGGAAGACCAGCACCAAGCAGGACCAGAGCUACAGAGGACAGGGAGGAUCUUUGGGGGUCUGGUGAUGGAUGUAAGGAGGAAAGCUCCGUUCCUGUGGAGCGAUAUUAGGGAUGCUCUGAGCCUGCAGUGCCUGGCCUCUGUACUGUUCCUCUACUGCGCCUGCAUGUCCCCUGUCAUCACUUUCGGAGGCCUGCUGGGUGAGGCCACCAAGGGAAACAUCAGUGCGAUCGAGUCGUUGUUCGGGGCGUCUCUGACGGGCGUGGCCUUCUCCAUGUUUGCGGGCCAGCCACUCACCAUCCUGGGCAGCACCGGACCAGUCCUGGUCUUUGAGAAGAUCCUCUUCAAAUUCUGCAGUGACUACGACCUGUCCUACCUGUCCUUGAGGACCAGCAUCGGCUUGUGGACGGCCUUUCUGUGCCUCGUCCUGGUUGCCACGGACGCCAGCUCCCUGGUCUGUUACAUCACCCGCUUCACAGAGGAAGCCUUCGCAGCGCUCAUCUGCAUCAUCUUCAUCUACGAGGCCCUGGAGAAGCUGGUUCACCUGGGGGAACUCUACCCCAUCAACAUGAACAACAAGCUGGACAACCUCACCUUCUACAUAUGUCAAUGUUCUCCGCCGGUUAACGCCACGCCUGAGAUCCAGCAGGUCUGGAACCACAGCGGGGUCGCACCAGAAUCCAUAUCUUGGACCCAACUGGAUGUCAAUGAUUGUUCUAGGCUGCGUGGGGAGUUUGUUGGGCCAGCUUGCGGCCACCAUGGUCCCUACAUCCCUGACGUCCUCUUCUGGUCCGUCAUCCUCUUCUUCACCACCUUCUUCCUCUCCUCCUUCCUCAAGCAGUUCAAGACCAAGCUCUACUUUCCCACCAAGGUACGGUCGACCAUCAGUGACUUUGCGGUCUUCCUGACCAUCAUGAUCAUGGUCCUGGUGGACUACCUGGUGGGCAUUCCCUCCCCCAAACUGAAUGUGCCUGACCGCUUUCAGCCCACGUCUGAGAACCGUGGCUGGCUGAUCUCCCCGCUGGGGACCAACCCCUGGUGGACCAUGCUGGCUGCAGCCAUCCCUGCCCUGCUCUGCACCAUCCUCAUCUUCAUGGACCAACAGAUCACCGCUGUCAUCAUCAACAGGAAGGAGCACAAACUCAAGAAAGGCUGUGGCUACCACCUGGAUCUUCUGGUGGUGUCUGUGAUGCUGGGGGUGUGCUCCAUCAUGGGCCUGCCCUGGUUCGUAGCAGCCACCGUGCUCUCCAUCUCCCACGUCAACAGUCUGAAGCUGGAGUCAGAGUGCUCGGCCCCCGGGGAACAGCCCAAGUUCCUGGGGAUCAGAGAGCAGAGGGUCACCAGCUUCAUGAUCUUCAUCCUCAUGGGCUGCUCUGUCUUCAUGACCUCUGUGCUCAAGUUCAUCCCUAUGCCAGUCCUCUACGGGGUGUUUCUCUACAUGGGUGUGUCCUCACUCAAAGGCAUCCAGUUCUUUGACCGUAUCAAGCUGUUCUGCAUGCCAGCCAAGCACCAGCCGGACCUGAUCUACCUGCGCUACGUUCCCCUGUGGAAGGUCCAUGUGUUCACCCUGGUGCAGCUCACCUGCCUGGUGCUGCUGUGGGUCAUCAAGGCAUCCGCCGCCGCCGUCGUCUUCCCCAUGAUGGUGUUGGCCCUGGUGUUCAUACGGAAGCUGCUGGACCUAUGUUUCACCAACAGGGAGCUGAGCUGGCUGGACGACCUGAUGCCUGAGAGCAAGAAGAAGAAGGAGGACGACAAGAAGAAGAAAGCCAAGGAGGAGGCCCAGCGCAUGCUGGAAGUGGAAGAGGGCAUAGCACACCCCUACGACGGGCCGGGCAUCCUCAAGACCCUCAAAGUCAGUUUGGACCCCUCUAUGGUAAACAUUUCUGAUGAAAUGGCCAAAACCGCCAAUUGGAAGUCUGUCUCCAUGAACUCUGACAGUGCCAAAGCUCUGAAACAUAGUGGCAGCCAGGCGAAGGUGUCCUGUGUGAAGAUAAACUUGGAGAAUGACCAGGGGGAGAAGUAUGGGGAUGCUGAGACCUCCUUAUGAAGGAGGGACGGGAGGAGCAGGGAGAGUGCCACGUCAGCCCCUAGCCCACCAGGUGGCGUUGUCCUCCCACACAGCAGGGGGCAGUGUCCUUCAUGGCCCUGUCCAUUGCCCUAACAGCUGCUACCAUACCAAUGCCAAGGGGCACACAGACACAACCAGCGCUACUUACCCAUGUUUCUUUAGUUCUUAUUGGGAAAUUAGUCUUAAUUUUAUCAUCGUUUUAAGGUGAAAAAAACAUUGGCUUUAGAUUCAGGUGUGCCUUUUUUAAGGAACCACUUGGUCUUCUUGGAAUGACUUUAAUCAGGCUUUUUACCAACAUAUCCAUAGUCUGUCUCUGUGAUAUGGUGUACAGUCUGUCCUCGUAACACUUACUUCAAGGGCAAUGCAUUAUGGAUGCAUGUAGUGGCCUCUAUCGCCCUUAGUGCAUUAUAUUAGAAGAGUUGCUGUAAGCAUUUCAAACUUGUCAAGACUGUCUCCAGGUGGUUCAUAGGAAGCAGUAGGCCUAACAGCAGUCUAAGCAACCCGGGUGGCUUGACCACAACAACAGCUACUACUCACAGCACUCUAUCUGGCUCACUCUGAACAAUAGACACUUUCUGCUUGAGAAAGCAGGGGAUGCUCAACAAAAGGUCCAAAUACAUUUAGAGCACAUAUUAUAUUUAAUUGUGUGUGGGUGUGUGCACACAUGGGUGCGUGUACAAGUGUAAGAACCUUAAGAGCAGCUUAAGAUGGCUUUUCACAAUAUCAGAGUCAUGUGUACGAUGUGCUGUUGAUUCAGAUUAUCAGUCACAGAAGGUUGAAAGGCUGAAGAUGUUCUGUCAAAGUGAACAUGACAGACCACAGCAUAGCCCAUAGUUUGCAGAAUAUUUCUUGAAUUAAUUGGCAAACAUCUCUUACUAAUCUUAAACAAUCCCAAAUUGGAAACGGACUAUAAUAAGAUGAAGUUUCAAAAACAAAAUGUUCUCGAUUGAGCGGUCUUAUUAUUUUGGAGUAAUGGUGAGGGUAUUGCCUGCCUGCCGUGUCCAUGUCCAUACAUACAUAAUGGUGGACUUGAAAGGAAGAAAAUAUGUAUAGAGUAAGUCUAUAGAGGUUUCUAAAAGUGAUGCCUUCUUCAGGGCAGGUUUAAAGCUGUUCAAUAGUGUGACUGUACAUGGCUGUGGUAGCCUGGGUUUAAUCUAGUGUAGUGGAAGCCUUACCAGAGCUGUAGCCUCCCCUUGGUUAUGAUAACGAGGGGAAACCCACUUUUAUCCAUUUAAACGCUUUACAUCCAAUGGAAUAUUUUCUGUUAUGGGGUAUAUAUUUUAGAUUGUCUAUAUAUAUAUUUUUUAUCAUUGUUAUUAUCUAUAUCGUUACAAAAUGUAAUGCAUUUAAUUUAUUUUGAAUUGGUCAACGUUGCAGAGUAUGGGAGGGAGGAGGGAGUAGGAGGCGGGGGCAGGGUCGUUGUUUGUUGCUGGCCGGUAAUUAAUGUUCUUUAUAUCUGUGCACUUUAGAUACGCCUGCCGCACAACGAGAGGGGUGGGCAGGCUAUAUGUACCUUUUUAUAUACAUGUAUCUAUUUAGAUCAGUCUCAGGAACCAAUGGGCUCAAUGAGGCCCUUGUCUCUCUCUCACCUUCUCUCUGUCAGUCUCUUUCUUUCUCCCUGGCACUCUCUUUCUGUGUCUGUUGUCUCUCUCUCUCUCUCCCUCUCUCUGUGUUGUCUCUCUCCCUCUCUCUGUGUUGUCUCUCUCCCUCCCUCUGUUGUCUUUCUCGCUCUCUGUGUGUUGUCUCUCUCGCUCUCUGUCUGUCUCUGUGUGUUGUCUCUCACUUUCACUCUGUUGCCCUCUCGCUCACUGACUGACUCCCUCAUUGUCAAUUCACUAGUGUUGCUAGAAGAUGUUGCUGUGUGUUUCUCUGCCCCUCCCUUUCAGCUGUAAACCCCUUUUUCCUAUUUGACACUGGACAACACUGAUAGGUGGGUUUCUCUGUGCUCUUCUUUUAUUGGCUAUUCUGUUGUAGGCUGUUUUGUAAAAAAAAAAAAAAGAUCUUAAGUCAUUUUGUCCCGUGGAUUUAGUGUUAAUGAAUAGUAAUACUUUUGGUUGAUUAUCCAAUAUGUUUACUGUUACAGGAGUCCUACUGGGAAAGGCAUCAGUCUGCUGUUCAUGGCUCUGUGAUUGAGUUGAAUUCAUCAGUUUGAAUUAUGUGAUUGAGUUAGUUUUAUUUAAAUCUAUAGUGUUACACAAAUUUGGAAUGAAGGUUAUGAAACAUUGGGUGUAAGUCGUACGGGGGGCAAGAAUUUGUUUUGACUUCAAUAAAGAGGAGACUCCUCAAGUUCAAUAACUGACUGACCGCUUCCAUCUGAACACCUUGAUGAAAACAAAAGUCAUUUCAAGAAAAAGUGCAUCUGUUUUAACAGCUGUUUUGCCCUCUGGGUCAAUUAUGGGCCCCAUACGUAUGAAUGUUGGAAAUUGACAUAUGUACUUGUUCCUUCUGACUUUGUGCUUACCAGUGGUGUAAAGUACUGAAGUAAAAAUACUUUUAAAUAUUACUUAAGUCAUUUUUUGGGUUAUCUGUACUUUACUUUACUAGUUAUAUUUUUUACAACUUUUACUUCACUACAUUCCUAAAGAAAAUAAUGUACUUUUUACUCCAUACAUUUUCCCUGACACCCAAAAGUACUUUUGAAUGCUUAGCAGGACAGAAAAGGGUUAAAUUCACACUCUUAUCAAGAGAACAUCCCUACUGCCUCUGCUCUGGCGGACUCACUAAACAGAAAUUCUUUAUUUGAAAUUAUGUCUGAGUGUUGGAGUGUGCCCUGGCUAUCAGUAAAUGUAAAAAAACAAGAAUUGUACCGUCUGGUUUGCUUAAUAUAAGGAAUUUUAAUUUAGUCUUACUUUUGCUUUGAUACUUUAGCGUUUACUUUUGAUACUUUAAGUAUAUUUUAAAACCAAAUACUUUUAGACUUUUACUCAAGUAGUAUUUUACUGGGUGACUUUUACUUGUCAUUUUCUAUUAAUAAGGUAACUUUACUUUUACUCAAGUAUGACAUUUGGGUACUUUUUCCCAUCACUGGCGCUGCCUUGGUGUGCAUUAUCUCUUGGUAGUUGAGUACUUAAGCAGGCUGGGACUAGGAAACGUGGUCUACUGGGGAGCUUGUUAAGAGCAGUCCAAGGUGCCUCUUUCUCAGUAUCUUCCCUACGCUGUACAACAAUAGAACACAGAAUAAAUUGUCAUAGUACUGCUAUGUGAAACUCCGAAACCAGUGACGAUCACUGAGGACAGGCGAUCUUUCAGCACCGUGUGACUAGACAUUUCAGUCCCCUAUAAAGUGGAUUGGAUUGGCCUCAUGUUGCCAUUAGGUUUGAUAUCAGUGAAGUUUUUAAUUAAUUGUUCUUAAACUGUACAUAACAGAUAACGCAAAUGAAAGAUUACAUUUUUUUGUAAUGGAAAUGAGGUUGUUGACAGAAAGCAAUAAAGUUACUACAUUGUA